AUGCAGUCACCAUGGAAAACUUUGGAGUAUCUAUUUUAUUUGGGAAUUUUCAUACUAUUGCUGAAAUUUUCUGAAAGUGCCAGUGUUGAUGUUGCCACCACAACCGAAAGAUCUCUGAAAGAUAAUAGAUCGAGUGUUAAACAAACUCUAGAGGAGUGCAAUACAUCAUUCAGUUGGAUAUGUUUAAAAAUUGAAUUUGUGAAAAUUCUGGAAUAUCUAACGGAACGUGACGAAUUACGUCUAUUGAAUGGCAUUAGUUUGGUGAAAGAUCCUGAGGCGAAUGAAAUUAAAACUUCGGAAUUAAUGGCUGAUGUAGCACGCAGCUACCCAAAUGAUCCGAAUGCCCGGAUAAAUGGUUUUAUUGUUAACAAAAUCAACAAUUUCCUGCAAACACAUUAUUUACGCUUUAAAUUGAUUGAUGAUAAGACGGUAAUGCAAGCCAGAUCUAUGGUGGAGACGGGACGCAAGGAUAAAUUUGGUAAAAAGGGCGGUCUGGAAAUGUUACUGGCUGCCGGUCUAAUGAUGAAAGGCACUCUCAUGGCCAUGGGUAUGGGUGGCAUUGCUUUGAUGGCCGGCAAGGCAUUAAUGGCCGGUCUCAUGGCUCUGACAUUAUCCGCAGUAAUUGGUUUGAAAAGUUUGGCCGGUGGCGGUGGCAAAUCCCACACAUAUGAAAUUGUAACAAAACCAAUUUACACUUCAAGUCAUACACACUCGGGUGGACAUGACGAUGGCCAUAUUGGACAUGUCGGACACAGUGGCAGUGGCUAUGCUGGAUAUGGACGUUCAUUAAAUUUGAAUUUACCUGCAAGUUUAAAGGAGAAGAAAUUCGAUUAAAAC